UUAGGAAAACUGCGUAAUAUUAUGCCCAAGCGUGAUGGUUUGAGUCUAUCCAAACGUGAAGCUCAGCUGGUGAGCAAUAGUGCAGACAACCAACCAAGCUGGGCUCGAUCUUUGCUGCGACAGGACACCAAGGAGGAGGAUGAGGAGCUGGUGGCAUACCAGAUCAAUGCAAAUUUGUCACUAUGCUUUGCUACCGAAGAUGAUCCUGCAACUAGGCUCAACUCGUUUUCUGUGCGUUCAAAAGCGGAUUUGCUUCACCUCGUUCACGGAGGUGAUGGUUGUGGCGUCCUUGUGGAUGAUGCCCUUUGUGCGUCCUACGCGGGAGCAGCUGAAGAUGUCAAGCAGCUGAUAAGCUCAAAGGCUGUCCGAAGCGUCCGGCCGCAGCGCGAAGAAAAGCUUCGGCGCCGCAAGUCGGCAGAGGUGCUGCCGGAGGACACGUAUCCUGUCGGGGAAGUGCUUUUCUCUCGCUUUGAGCCAGAGGUGGAGGCCUUGAAAACUGAUGAAGACAUCCGCCAGGCUUUCCAUGCAACAGCACGACCAGCCCAGGGAGACGUCACUGUGAGGUUGCCAGCUCCCGUCGAAGGGCAAGAGGAGCAAAAAGGCCUCAAACGACAGCAGAAAGUUCGGAAGGUGCAGAACGUCCAUAUGCCUGGCUGAUGCUUUGUGUUUUCCUAAAAAAAACCAUGUGCAGUCUCAAGUCAAUGGUGCUGAAAUGGCACGAAGACUCUCAGCAUCUCUCAACUGCUAUUGCCAUGCUUGCUUUUCCUGCUGAGUGCAGAGUGAACUCAAUUGGAAAAAGUGCAUCAUUCUUGCGCUAGAUAUGUUGCUAAUUGUCGUUAUGCAGCUUCUUGCAGCCCUGCACUGAGUGCACUGAACCCAAAGGUACGC